AUGGACAUGGCGGGCAUUCGUCGCUGUCUGCGGCUGGUCGCCUGGAUGUGCCUCCUAGGCGGCAGCCUAACCAUGGGCGCCGACACCGACUUUGAAACGGGCAUCAACGAGUUUACCUCCAUCUUCCCGCGCAACGAGACGUAUGCGCCUUCGUAUCUCUUCCCAUUCGUCUUCGCUUUUCAGAACCCAGCUGUCACUCGGUCAAUGCGCACCAGCGAGAUCCUUAUGACUUUGUUGAAGUGGAACGAGAGCACCAGCGUCUGGGAUGUCAACGACACAGCCUCUGUCGACUUGGAGAAAAUGGCCAACGCUUCGGGCAGCGAGCCAUUCUUUGCCCACCAUGUCUUCGGCGAUGUAUUCAACACGGAGGCCUAUUGGACAUUCUCGUGGAGCUUGGGUUUCGUCCCCUGUAUUGAAGAGGACAUGGAGGAUGUCGAUUACAUGUUUUCUAGGGCGUAUGGUGCAUCGGGCCGUGUAUAUUUCACGACGAAGGAAGGGGCCCAGGACCCUAAAGAUAGCCUUGCUUCUGGUGACUCCCAGUGCUCCGAGCUAGGGGGGAACACGUGGAACCUUACGGAAGUUAUUUACGCCAAUUACAGGGAGGACGAAGUUUCCUGCGCCUUCUUUUCGACCGUGACACCCACACCACAGCCGUGCGAAGCACAGGUCGAUUCCGAGCUCGUAGAGAGCAUCUAUGCUUCGGCUACAGCCAGGGUGUGCCGUUGGGAUGAUUCGAUGAUCGAGUGCCCCGACGAGGAAGACACGGGGGUGAGCAUUCGCGGAAGCCUGGAUAUAGCUUGGACGGCGUGCUUGGUUGCUUUUGCCGCUGGCUUCGGCCUUUUUUUCCAGUAA